AUGGCUAACAAAGAACAAAGCAGCAUUUUGGGAGCUCUUGACAAAGCAAAGACUCAAUGGUAUCACGUCACGACGGUCAUAAUCUCUGGUAUGGGUUUCUUUACGGACUCAUACGAUCUCUUUGUGAUCUCUCUCAUCACGAAGCUGCUCGGCCGGAUCUACUAUCAGAAACCUGGCUCCUCUUCUCCGGGAAGCCUCCCUGACGGCAUCUCUGCCACAGUGAGUGGUGUGGCCUUUGCCGGAACGUUUCUCGGACAGAUUUUCUUCGGGUGUCUAGGAGACAAGCUUGGCCGUAAGAGCGUCUAUGGCUUGACUCUUGUGAUUAUGACCGUAUGCUCAAUUUGCUCUGGUCUUUCCUUUAGCACCGACGCGAGAUCUGUCAUGACAACGCUAUGCUUCUUCCGCUUCUGGCUCGGUUUUGGGAUCGGUGGUGACUAUCCUCUAUCCGCUACCAUCAUGUCUGAGUAUGCCAACAAACGUACACGUGGUUCGUUUAUAGCAGCGGUUUUUGGUAUGCAAGGGAUUGGGAUCUUGGCGGCAGGAGGUGUUUCGCUACUUGUCUCGUACAUUUUUGAGCUUCACUUCCCGUCUCCAGCCUAUAUGGUCGACGGGGCCGCCUCCACUGUCCCGCAGGCGGAUUACGUAUGGAGGAUCAUCCUGAUGUUAGGAGCUAUACCGGCUCUCCUGACUUACUACUGGCGUGUGAAGAUGCCUGAAACAGCUCGUUACACUUCUCUUGUUGCCAAGGACUCGGAGAAAGCGGCUUCGGAUAUGGCUAAGGUUCUCAACGUAGAUAUUGAAGCCUCUUCCGCAGAGCAUGACCAAGCUAGGGUUUCUUCAGACGAGUAUGGUUUAUUCUCCUCCAAAUUCCUCCGCAACCACGGGCUUCACCUACUUGGAACAACCACCACAUGGUUCCUCCUUGACAUUGCUUUCUACAGCCAAAACCUCUUCCAGAAAGAUAUCUUCACUACCAUUGGUUGGUUACCGCCGCCUAAAACCAUGAACGCAAUCCAAGAGCUCUUCAUGAUCGCUAAGGCACAAAGCUUGAUCGCUCUUUGCGGUACCGUUCCUGGUUACUUUGUCACCGUAGCUACCAUAGACUGGAUCGGACGGUUCUGGAUUCAGGUCAUUGGAUUCUUCAUGAUGAUGGUUUGCUUGACUUGUCUAGCCAUACCGUACCACCAUUGGACUUUACCGGAUAACCGAAUUGGUUUCGUUGUUCUCUACUCUCUCACUUUUUUCUUCUGCAAUUUCGGACCUAACGCAACUACUUUCAUUGUCCCUGCUGAGAUUUUUCCGGCAAGGCUUAGGUCGACUUGCCAUGGGAUCUCGGCGGCUUCCGGUAAAUCCGGUGCGAUAGUUGGUUCUUUUGGUUUUGCUGCUUUGGUGAAAGCUGUUGGGAUGAGGAAAACGUUACUGAUCAUGGCUGGAAUUAGUUUUGCUGGCCUAAUGUUGACUUUCGUUUUUGCUUAG